AUUUUGUGUUCAUUGGAUAAUUUUAUGGGAGCCAAAAAAAAAUCCAAUAUUUUCCAUAACAAAAAUGAGACCAAAAAGAGAGGACAAAAGAGCCCAAUCCUCUCCACCAAGAAACAGAGGACGCACCACCACCACCUCACCGUCGCGCGCCUCCAGAAUUUCCCCUCCAUCAGCUUCACUCUCCGACCAAACCACCACUGAGCUACUCACUGAGUUCGAAGAACUCCGAGUCACUGAUAAUUCCGAGUACAACCCACGAAGCUUUCCUUAUAGUGUGAAGCAACAAUGCUGGGAAAAGGCAGAGAAAAUCAAGGGUCGAGACCCAAGUCGUUGGAGAAGGGACCCACUUGGGAACAUCGUCUUCCGCAAGCUUGUUGGCUGCCCUGGUUGCUUGUGCCAUGAUUACGACCACAUUCUUCCUUAUUCCAAGGGGGGGAAAAGUACGCUGGACAAUUGUCAGGUUUUACAGGCUACUGUUAAUCGCUCAAAAGGGAAUCGAUCUGACAUAUCCAGAGCAGAUCUGAUACAGAAGAGUUCCUAUUGUCGAGUUUCAGGCCGUGACAUGGACCUCCUUGAGUUGUCGGCAUUUGGUAAUGUUCGUCGAGGAGAAGAUUCAGGUGGGUGUAGAAUUCAGUAACAACACUGAAUGGUAGCAAAUUGGUCCUAAUGUUAUAUGCUCAUAAAACAUUCUUAAUAGUUCAUCAAGGAGCAGAUUCAGGUGUAUGUAGAAUUCAGUAACAGCGCAGAAUUGAUGUUGUUCUCGCGUUUUAUAUUCACAAAACAAUCUUAGACUCUUAGUUCCACCUUUAAUGCUCAUGGUUUUUGUUAAUUGUUCAUUAAGAGAUGAUCAUUGCCUAGCAUUUAGCAAAAGCUGUCGUAACUUGUAUACUCUGAUUAGAUUUGUUUGGAUGUCUGAUGUAUGAUGAUGCAAUUGUUUAUAGGUUCAGAAUAACACUGUAAUUACUGUUAAUAAUUAGAAAGAAAAAAAGGUUUUAAAUAUCUGUU